UCUCUUUUUUUUUUCUCCAUUUAAUUUCAUUCCUUUAAUUUGAAUUAUUAUUAUUCUCUGUAUUUUCUUCCUUUUCAAAUUCUCUUUUUCUUCUCGCCGAUCGCCGGAGAUUCAAUCGGAAAAUUCACCAGCCGUUUAUGGAUUGCAGAAGCAGAUCUCUUUCAGCAUCGCCGUCCGCCGCCUCCAACAACCAAUCUCCGAUUCUUCAGUUUUCAUCUCAGCUCUCUAAUCCUUCAUUCACGCCUUUCACCCCUUGGAUACGAUACCUCCGGUUCAACUUUUCCUGAUUUCUCUUUCAAUUUUUUGUAUUCGAAGAAAAUUCCCGAAGGUAUAUUGACAAUUUUGCCCUUGAUUCCUGCUUAUAUAUGUUUAUUACUAAGAACUCUCUUUUCUUAAACUAUUAGCUAAAGGUUGGAUUUUUACUGCUUUAUUGAAAGUUUGGAGUUUAGCUGUUUCUGAAUGGUGUAAAGGUUUGGUAAGUUGUAGGAUUUUUUUUUUCUAUAACCCUGUUGUUCGGACCAAUUAUUGCACAACUCGACUAAUUCCACGGAUACUUGAUACCUCCCAUCAACAACAUGUAACAUAGUUCUAAGUUAACUCUGUUAACCAAGACUAGAACAAAUGAAAAGAAAUAACCUUGUGUUUUAUUUCUGGAAUUGAACGUGAGACCUCAUCGUGCUCAACUCACUCCAUUGACCAAUAAGUCACACCUUUAUGUUAAGUUGUAGGAAAUUAUAAGUUUGGUGAAGCUGAUAUCUAUUGGACAUUAAGGCUUUGAUUAGGAACAUUUAUUACUCCCUCCAUUCACUUUUACUUGUCUACUAUUCCAAGAAUUGAUUUUCCCUUUUAUUUGUCACUUUUAACCUAUGUUGCUCGGACUCUCCAAAAAUGCAGCCACACCCAUGUCGAAUCCUCUAAAAGUGCAUUAUUUUUCAUUUGAAAUUUGACUUUGGAAUUUUUGUGCAGUUUAAACUCUUUCAGUAAAGCUAUCAUUUUGAGCCAAAACUUAAACUUGAAUUAAGGAGACACUAUUUAAAUUAUAGCCAAGAAGAGGUGGUGGUGUGGCACUUAAAAUGACUUUUUAAGUGCUUUCUAUGUCAACUUAUGAUGGCUGCUUCUACGAGAGUAACAAGUCCUCUACGUAAGAAGAUGUCUGGGAGGAGGGCUAAGACUUCUGGUUGGGCUGCAUUUGACCUUAAUGAGAGACUGAAGCAACAAGAUCUUGAGCCAGAGCCUGAGAGAGAAACCUUCCCCCACUUGUCCGUUCCUUCCACUUCCUUGAGGGGUCCAUCUCAAAGCAUCGCAAAGAGCAGUGGAGCAAUUCUAGAGAAGCCUUUUUCAUCCUUGCUGCUACCAUCUGUAAGUUUUCCAUCUUUAACAGCCAAUAAAGAGUCUGAUGCAAAUCAAAUUCAAGUUGGCGAUUCUUGUUUCAACCAGAGUGAUGGUUUUAUCCAAGAAAGAGGUUUUCAUGAGGUGUGUCAAAAGCUGAAAGAGCUCCAGCCAUGGGCUGAUGACACCUUGAUCACAGAUGUCAUGGCUGGUGUAAAUGAUUUCAAUAAGGCCUUGACAUUGUUGGAAGCAAUGGUAUCUCCUGAUCAUACAUAUGUUGCACAUGACAACAGAACAACUACAGAAGAAGCAGAUACUCCCUGCAUACAAAAAUUUAAAGACGUAGACACAGAUACUAAAGGAGUGAAGUCUAGUAGUAAGGAUUCUCUCGUGAAUAUUAGUAAGUUUGCUGCUAAUAAAGGAGUGUCAUUGACAGACAAUGUGGAUCUGGAUGAUUUGAGUCAUGCACUUGCUAAGUGUCUUCAGAGCAACAGUCAAGAACUAAUAAAUAACUGUGUUUUUCACGAGAACAAACUUCAUUUUGAUGAAGCAGUGCGGAGUAUGAGGUUUGUACCGGUUGAGCCUGAGUGGGAAGAGGAUGAUAUUUACUCGAUCCAUCGGAAGGAUGCGGUGAAGAUGAUGAGGUCAGCAGCCCGACAUUCUAAGGCUUCCAGUGAGGCCUAUCUCAGAGGUGACCACUUAUCUGCCCAACAUUUUUCUCUAAAAGCCCGAGAAGAGUGGGUUGCUGCUAAUAGGCUAAAUGCCCAGGCCGCAAAAGAAAUUUUGACUGCCCGCAACAGUAAGAAUGAUCAAUGGACACUGGACUUGCAUGGUCUUCAUGCUAAAGAGGCAGUUCAAGCCUUACACGAACAUUUGCAAAAGAUUGAAACUCAGGUGACAAAGAAUCUUGCUGCCCAUAUGAAUCAAGUGAACUUGAAGCGCAGCUUUGGACCUGCUGUCUCUAUUGAGUCUUCAGGUCGUAUUGAUGUGGACAAUGAGAGCAAAGGGUCCCCAUUGAAUAAGCAGCGGCCAGCUUUCUUAGAGGUCAUAACAGGUAAAGGUAUUCAUAGCCGGGGACAAGCUGCGCUUCCAAUGGCUAUAAGAAGCUUUCUCGUGGAGAACGGAUAUCGUUAUGAGGAGACAAGGCCUGGGGUGAUCACAGUCAGACCCAAGUUCCGACCACGAUAAAUACGUUCAUAUGUACAAUUUGCCCCCCAGAUUUAGUGCAUUUGAUUCUGUUAUAAUCAUUCCUUUAAAUAGAAACUCCAAAAGCAAACACCUAUCGAUACUAUCAACUUUGUCUCAGAGAUUUUGAGUUGAACUGAUGUGAUACACAACCUUUUGUGGUCAUUAUCGACUUGUAUAUUUAUUAGCGACAACUCGCAACGAAUGAUUUUGUUCCCAUGUGUUGUAAUAUAUAUUGAUUUUUUGACUUUUAUUGUA